AGCAGCCUGCUCACUGGGGGUGGAGUUUGGUUCUCACUUGCUUUAACUGUCUUUCCCUUUGCAGUUUACCAGCUCACAGAGAGACUCCAGUAGCAAACGUGGUCACAGCAGUGUAUCGGAGGCCUGCACACAGUGCCCUUGGCCUUGUCACCGAGCUUUGCAAUCUGUGUCCCCUUGCGUGGUUGCUGUGACCUCCUUGAACAGCAAAGACUUGUGUCUUAAGGAUCUUCAGUUUCUCCUGGCCGUGACAGCCACUCUGUGCCUGUAACUGCUGAGAAGAAUUUGAAAACACCAGCCUAAAAGCAGAGAGUACCACAGCAAGUAGAGAAUGUAAAAAGCAAACCAAAACAAGAAGUCAUGGCUGGAGAGAAACGAUGUCCAACCUGGACCUGGCAGUGCUGGAGAAGGAAGGUACCAGGGCAGACAUGAGCACUUCAGAGUACCUUAUCUACCUGGAGCAGAUUCAUCUGCACCAGUUAGUUGCUUGCAGUAGGACAGGGCUGAACCAAGUACCCUUUCAGAAAUGAUGUUGGUGUCAGGCUUUAGGGCAUGGUAUAUACAUGCUUACUCCCCAUAUUGGCCACAGGGAUGACUCUCGUACCACCAUCACCUGCUUCCCCACCCCAAGGAGCACAGAGGUGCCAGGCUGGAUGGUGGGAGUGAACCCAUGUGCUGGAUACCAGCAUUUUCAGACCAUGGUGCAAAGGCUUGUCACGGGACUGUGCUGGAUAAUCAAGCCCAUCCUAUGUCUCCUGCUGCUGGCUGAAGAUCUAGCAGUUCCUUGAAACAGUGGCACUUGCUUUUCUUCUACUGACUCUAUGUUGUUCUUCGUUUUGAGAGCGUUGGUGGUUCUUCCAUCUUAACACUCAGCUUCUCUGACAGGUACGUGACCAGGGCCUUCUCUGCCCACCAUUCCAUGAAGGAAGAAGAAGUAGGUUUCUUAUUACAUUUGCAGGACCAAAGAUAAAGGCUGCUAAAAAAGGUCACUCUUAUUUCCAUGGGAUUCUUGGUCCAUCACACAUCCUCUGGCACUUGUUCGUGCAAGGCAGAGCGCCUCAGUGCCUUUCUGCUGUACGCUGGCUUUCCUCUUUGGCACGAAGCAGCUGGCAUUUUGGUCUCAGACAAUACUGCAGCAGAUGGCUGCUUAAAACCAAAACCACCCAAACCAGGAGACUUGUUCUUCUUUUCAGGGAGCCAAGGACUUUGAAGGCAUGUGCCGAGGUUAACUUCCAGAACAAGGGCUGCAGUAUCACAACACACAGUACCUCUUGGAGCCUGUGCUGAGGUUGGGGACAAAUGUGACUGUCUGGUAACUCUAAAGGCAGAUGAAAGGUUUAUGUGAUUCAGAGAAGUGGGGAAUGUCCAUCCUAAGAGACAUUUCAGACUGCUGGACACAUCCCUGCACAAUCCGUUUGUGCGGAGGGGUUUGGACCAGAGACAUCUGAAGUCUCUUCCACCUGAAUUUUUCCAUGGUUCUGUGCCUGAUCCUGAUGAUGACCCAUGUGGUCUGCUUUGAGGAGUGAAAGGAAGAGGAAAAAAGCAUUAGAAAGCAUGUAGAAAUGUGGCAGUAUUCCUUGUCUGCUGCAAGCUCUGCAGGGUGAGCAGAUGCUGGCUGCCUUUUCUCUUCUAGAUGAAUGAAUUUCACUGGAAAGACAACUGCUGUUGCUGUGAAGCUGCCAGAUGGACCUGCCUUGGAACUGUGCUGUGAGCUCAAAUGGACAGUGAAGUCAAGGAGGACGAGCACAGGAUCAGUUCCCAGGGAGACAGGAGGCGUGACUGCUACAGGCACAUGUUUUAAAGAUACGUUGAUCCAGGCAGCGUGCUGAAAGGUGUUAGAAAGGCUGAUUACAGACAGAGGGGAUAGAUCAGCCUCUCUGUAGUACCCACAGCACUGCGUUGGAUGCGAGUUGUUUGCCAGCCCUUGUGACGCUGCCUUUCCCAAAUAGGUAUUGCUGGACUUGCCUCACAGAACCAGAUGCUGGUCUUUGAGGUACCCCACAGGAGACGUAGUAGCCCUGCUGUGGAUGACCAGUUUGCUGUGAAGCCACGAGCCAAGGAGACCAGUCCUGCUGCAAAUGGAGCUGCCAAGGGAUGCCCGAAGCUGCAAAUGCCAACCAAGCUGCAGUGGACCAGGUUAAGCACCUCACUCCCUCUGCCUUCCUGAAGGAGAUGUCUCUCACCUCCAAGCAGAGGCUGGCCAGCACUCAGGAGAUGAGUCAGCCCUGGCAUACCUAGCUUCGGGACAUGGGUGAAGACUCCCAUCAAAAGUUCUCAGCAGUUGACCUGGACCAGAGGUUGUUCCAGCCUUUCCCAUCCGAGGUGGUGUUUGAGAACUACAUUCCCCACCAGUUCUACAUAGCGCAGCUGGCUCUGAGGAACAAAGACCGGGUUCCUCAUCUGCUGAACGUCAUCCUGGAGAACUCUCCUUAUUUUGAGUUGAUCAGCCCGAGUGAUGAAGACUAUAAAGUAGCACCGGGCAUGUCUUCAACCUUCCGCAUCCUCUUCAGACCUGAUGAGAUCAAGGAUUAUUUCCACCGGGUCAUCAUCAUCACAGAGAGGGAGAAGUUCUUUGUGCCUAUCCGAGCGAUAGGUGCCCGAGCCAUCCUGGACUUCCCUGAGCAGCUGAACUUCUCCGACUGCCCAGUCAAGUUCAGCACCCAGAAAACUCUGCUGGUGCGCAACGUGGGGAACCGGGAGGCUUGCUACAGCAUCACCACUCUGAGCCCUUUCUCUGUGGAUCCCUCCAUUGGGACCCUUGGGAUUGGAGAAGCGAUGCAAGUCACAGUGGAGUUUCACCCACCAAAGACCGGUGUUUACUCCAGUCCCAUGAUUGUUCACUAUGACACAGGUGAAGAUGUUCAAAAAAGCCUUUGUGGAACAGCUGUGAAUGUCAACAUCAAGCUUGACAAGAGCUCCUUGACAGUUGAGAAGACUUACCUCACGCUGUCAAACCAAAGAUUCCUGGUCAUCAACAAUCAGAGUGACAUCACAGCCCACUUCCAGUGGAGGCGCUUUGUUGAUCAGGAAGAGGAGGAGCGGCAGAAGCUGAGGCUGCAGAGGCAGGAAGAGGACAAGCUGGAUGAUGUUCCUAAGGAGCACAGGGUGGUCCCUCGCCUCCAAGAACACCCUUCCCUUCCCAUCUGCACCUUCCAGAACCAGCGGACAGAGGUGCAGGGAGACUCCAUGCCUUUCUCCAAUGAUAUUUUCACCAUUGAGCCCAUGGAGGGAGAUAUCUCGCCAAAUUCUUCACUUGAAAUCAAUGUGAUCUUUAAGCCCAAAGAAGCCAGAGUCUACCAAGAGACAAUCUACUGGGACAUCUCAGGCUGUGAGACCAGGCUGCCCCUGUGCAUCAGCGGGGAAGGCGUCGGGCCUCAGGUCGAACUCAGCUGUGACCAGCUGAGCAUCGGGAAGGUGUUUGUUGGAUCAACCCACAGCUAUGGGGUGCUCCUGCUCAACAGAGGAGUUAUUGAGACUCCCUUCAGUGUGGUCUAUCCAGAGAGCACUCUGGGCUCCUGCUUCACCUUUACCCCGCGGGAGGGCAUCCUUUUGCCUUUUGAGCAUCAGGUCAUCUGGAUCUCCGUCCAUGCUACCGUCCUGGGGCAGUUCACAGAACAAUUCCGGUUCAGUGUGAAGGGAGCCCCUGAGCCUCUGACGCUGACUGUGAGCGGCUGUGUCAUUGGACCGGCGUUUCAUUUCAAUGUAUCGUCCCUCCGCUUCGGUGAAGUCUCCUUUGGCUUUCCUUGCACCCUGUGCUGCCGCCUCACUAACACCUCUUUGCUGCCCUUGAACUUCAACCUUCGCAUUCCUGGGGAUGGCUCGGGAGCGCCCAGCGUGACCAGUUUUGCUCAGGUGUCAGGCAGCACUGGUCCAUCCUGGAGAAAGCGAGCCCGAGGUGCCGACAAGCCCACCGAAUUCACCAUCAGGCCCUUCAAAGGGACCAUCUGCUCCCAGGGACACUUGGAUAUCCAGGUCACCCUGUGCUCCAACACCGUGAAGAGAUACAAGCUGGCCCUGGUAGUAGAUGUGGAUGGUGUUGGCAAAGAGCUGUUAUCACUGCCCGUCAGAGCCAGAUGUGUAACUCCUCCACUGCGAGUGCUCGACCCCGCUGGGACGUUUGGACGAUGCUCUCUCAAAGUCCCUUACCAGCAGGUGGUGACCCUUGUGAACGACAGCGACCUUCCAGGCUGCUACUCGGCUCUUCCUCAGGAGAACAAGGAUGCUGCUGCCGUGUGGUACUCCAGCCCUGAGCCACGUGGGAUUAUCCAGCCUCACAGCUCGGUGGAGAUCCCGUUCACACUGGAAGUCCAGGUGACGGGAAAGCAGGACACUGUUGCUCACGUUGCAGUGUUUGGGAGUAAAAGAUCCCCACUGAAAAUCCAUUUGUUGAGCACUGGAGAAGGACCAGUUGUGCAUGUGCACCCAAGUGAGAUAAAUUUUGGCAGCAUCCGAGUUCUACAAGAUGCUUCCCAAACCCUGCACCUCUCCAAUCAGUCUGUCAUCCCUGCAUCCUUCUCGGCAAAGAUGGCUGGCGAAAACUCGUGCUGGAGUAUUGAACCCAGUCAAGGAGUGAUCCCUGCCAAGGCCGAGGUGUCUGUGGCUGUCACAGCAAACUUGGAUGACAUGGAGCAAUUCAAGGACGAGAUGAUGCUGUUCAUUGAGAACAGUCGUGCCUACGUCAUCCCCGUCGAGGCUGUUGGCGUUGGCACCACGAUUGUCAUUGACAAACCCUUUGGCCCGGAGCUCAACCUGGGACCCUGCUUCAGCCUGGAUCCCUGCAGUUACCGCUUCAAGAUGACAAACAAAGGACGACGCACCCAUCUGCUCUACUGGACAACAGAAGGUGGCACCACGCUUCAGCAGUGCAAUCGUCUCCCUCCCAUUGGUAAUACCAAGGGCAAGGUUUCCUCCUGCGGCCCCGUGUUUACACUUCAGCCACUGAGGACGGAGCUGAUGCCUGGCAAGACAGCGGAGAUGCUGCUGGAAGGCUCCUGCAGCACACCACAGGUGGUGAAGGAGAAGCUGCUGUGUCACGCCAUCGUGGGCGACAGAGGAGUGAAGACUCCGAUCAUGCAGGUGGACAUCACGUGUGAGUUCAUUGCUCCUGCUCUGCAAAUAUCCACCAGAGAAAUCACUUUCCGGGUGGAGAAGCACCCUGGUGAUGUCCUGACUCUUCAGUACAAGCCUCUCUCUUUAAAGAACAUCUGCUCCCUGCCCCUCAGCAUGGUCCUGGCCUUAGAGCAGCCCUUCUUCAUCUGCACUGCAGACCAGCAGCCUCUCCCUGCAGAUGCUCAGCCCAUGAAGCUGAGGACAGGGGAGCAACUUCAACUCUGCAUCAGAUUUAACCCUGCUUAUGAGGAGGAUUUGCUUAUCCGGGCAGCAGAGAAGGCUCUGAAGAUAAAGUUCCUGGAGCAUCCUCAUGAGGAGCAGGUCACCAUUCGGGGAGAAGUCUACUUCCCAAAUCUCCGGAUCCAGACCACGGCCCUGGACUUUGGCUGCAUCUUGAAUGACACCAAGGAUGUGCGUUACAUCGAGAUGACCAACUGCAGCCCAUUGGUUGUCCAGUACCACUGGUCAUUCCUAAAGAACAGCCAGGUGAACCCAGUGAGGUCCAUGGAGACAGAGCCCCUCACCUUGGGAGUGGAGGAGGUUUUCGAUAUCCUGCCGCUGCGUGGUGAGCUGCAGCCGGGCCAGAGCCAGCGCGUCACCUUCACCUUCUUCGGCCACGCCAACACCGUCACCCAGGUCACGGCGCUGUGCAGGCUGGAGGGAGGCCCAAGCUACGAGGUGGCUCUGCGUGGGGAGGCUUCGCGCGUCAACUAUCUCCUGGACACCACCGAGAUCGACUGUGGGCUGCAGGUGUUUAACAAAGUCAUGGAAGCAGCGGUCACCCUGCAGAACACUGGGAAGCUGGGAUUCGCCUUCGUAGUGCUGAGCCCUGGCACAGGCACUGCAGCCAGCCCUCUGCCUGGCGUGCCCCUGGUUGUGCCCAGCACGGGUUACCUUGAACCUGGCAAGCAGCAAGUGCUGAAAGUCUAUUACCUGCCAGGAGUGCCUGGAGUCUUCUGCAGGGCUUUCCAGAUCCAACUGGGUCACCUGGAGCCAGAAAAAGUCCUCCUGAAAGGAGAAGGGACCUUUCCCAGGAUCCACUUGGACCUGCCCAGGAACAUCAAAGGCAACACCAAAUAUGAGAAGAUCCUCGAAAAGGCCAAAGAAAAGCUGGACAAAGGCAGCCAGAGAGAUGAGGCCAUUGCUCUGGGGGAGGCUGCAGCAGCCGAGCCCCGCACGGACGACUCGGGCACUGUGUGGGAUGCUCAGCUGCAGAUGCAGAUGGAGGAGAUGCUGAUCGAGGAACAUGCCCUGGAGCAGCAGAAAGCUCUUGCCUCCCGUCUCCCGGAGGACACUGCCUUUCACCAGCGUGUACAUCGGAGGCUUCUCAAAGCUGAGCUGCCCGAAUACAUCCUGGACUUUGGCUACAUCAUUCCCGGUGACAUCCACACACACACCGUGAAGAUGACCAACACCGGGCACUUCCCUGUGUCUUUCCAUGCCGAUGGAUACGUCCUGUAUAACACAGGCUUCAGCGUGUGCCUGGACCGUGUGAAGCGCCUGCCCUGCUGUGAGACCAAGACAUUCGAACUGUGCUUUGACCCACAAAGCGCCAACCUGCCAGUGGGAAAGGUGAAUGCGCUCCUGCCCAUCAAGGUCACAGGAGGCCCCACAUUCCAGGUCCGCCUCCGUGCCAUCGUGGCUGAGCCAUCCCUCUGCCUCUCCAGGGACAGGCUGGAGUUUUCCGCUGUCCAGUGUGGGCAGUGCCAGGAAGAAACCAUCCAGCUCCACAACACGUUCCAGGUCCCCUGUAAAUGGUCCAUCAGCGUGAAUGAGCCUCUUAAGGAGGUGGACAAACACCUUCCAGCGAGCGAGCAUCAGAAGCUGCUCGAGGAGUUGAAGGCCGAGCCCUGUGGCCUUGAGGUGCUGCCCUCAGCUGGAACGCUCUCUCCAGGACAGCGAUGCCAUGUCCAAGUCCGGUUUUCCCCCAUGGAAGAGAAGUGCUACCGGGGUGAGCUGCAGAUCCAGAUCUGCCAGAGCAGCCAAUGCCUCCAGGUGCUGGUGUCAGGACAUGGUCUGGAGCCACGGCUGGAGUUUAGCCCCGCAGUGCUCGAGCUGGGACCAGUGCUGCCGCGGAGCCGUGGGGUGGAGGGGACAGUGGUGGUGAAGAACCCAUGUGAGGUUUACUCGCAGGAGUUAGACCAGCAGCACCUUGUUGAGGAGCAGAUCCUGCGGACAAUGAAAGAUAACAACAGCCACAGCAGCUCGUUGCUGGCUCCAUGUGCCCCGGGUGAGAAGCUGACUGUUGAGGCCCAAGGAAGGGGCAUAGAAAUGAAGGUUGACGUUGUGGAUCCACCAGGAAAGGUGGUGAAGCUGGGAAACCUCUGCAUUGGGCAGACGGUGAAGAAGAUCGUCACCAUUGCCAACAACAGUGCUGCCCCUGUCACCUUUAAGCUCAGAGCCACGUCCACCGUGCCAGAGCUGCAGGAAGCUGGGGUUCUCUGCUUGAAGCCCAUCAAGGAGCUAAACCUGAAGCCCAGAGGAGACACCUGCAAAGUGGAGGUGACCUUCUCCCCGAAGCGUCGCAUCCAGCCAUUCACCAAGGAAGUGCUGCUGGAGUGCAGCGGGCUGGUGCGCUCCUUCUUCGUAGUGCGGGGCUCCUGCCAGGGCAGCCUUGUGAGCUUGGACCAGGACCACCUCAGCUUUGGAGCCGUGGUGCCGCAGAGCUACACGUGCCGGCGUGUCGUCAUGCGGAACGCGGGCGACACAGGAGUCAAGUUUAUGUGGGACAUGGAGAGCUUCAAGCCGGACUUUUCCAUCAGCCCCAUGAAGGGUUACAUCACCCCAGGCGUGGAUGUCUCCUUCGUCGUGACCUUCCGCCCCUCGAAGCUGAGCCAGGCUGUCCGGUACGAGGGGCUGCGGUGCUUCAUCCAGGGCAGGGAGCCUCUCCGGCUUACACUGGCAGGAUCCUGCGUGGAGGCCCCUGGCACCAAAGAGACCCUGACUUUUACGUGCAAUGUGCGUGAGACGCAGAGCCAGACCAUCCUCCUGUCCAACCCGAGCAGCGAGGCCUGGACCCUGCAGCCCAUCAUUGAGGGGAAAUACUGGAAGGGGCCUGAAUUUAUCCAUCUGGAAGCCAAGCAACAAGAAAAGGCCUACCAGGUCACCUACAGACCCCUAACCAUGAGCUCUGAGAACAAGAAGCAUCAGGGCUCCAUCUUCUUCCCCCUGCCGGACGGGACAGGCUUACACUACCGCCUGGAAGGAACAGCUGCAGCCCCCAGGUGUUCAGGGGCCAUUUCCCGGCAGGUUCCAUGCAGGAAUUCCCACACUGAGCUCAUCCCUGUGUCCAACUGGCUGCACAGACCGCAGAGAUUCCUGGUGGUUAUUGACAUGCUCAAACCAGAGAACCUGGAAAGCAGUUCUGUGCUGCAGGGGCUUUCAUACAUCGACUUGCCAAGCUCUGCUAAGAAGGACUACCAGCUCACCUUCUUCUCCUACAAAGAAGGAGUCUUUAAUGCAAAGGUGACCUUCCUCAAUGAGACGACUGGAGAGUUCUUGUUCUAUAUGGUGACUUUCAAGGCCACGGCUUCGGGACCCACUGGCACUGUUAAAAUGAGCAGCGCUGUUCGGCAGAGAGUGUCCUCCACCAUCAAGGUGGACAAUCCUAUGCCUGUCCCAGUGACGUUUGCUGUCAACUGCAAAGUGCCUGGCAUCAGCGUUCCCCAGCACUUUACUGUUCCUGCACAGUCAAAGGCGGGUCUUGUCUUGGAGUAUCAGCCCCUGAAAACGGGUGAGACCACCGGGCGCCUGGUGCUCCAGAGCAGCGACUUGGGCUCUCUGUCUUACAACCUGCAGCUGAAAGCCACCUCGAGCAGGCCAGAGAAGCCCCUGCACUUCCGCACCACGCUGGGCUCCCACCAGACCAUCACCACCAAAAUACGGAAUUUCGCCCGGCACAAGACCGAGUACCUCCUACAGACUGACUGUGCUGACUUCCAGACGCCGAAAUCCAUCUGCGCGGCGCCCGCCAACGCCGAAGGCUCAGAGCUGAGCGUGGAGGUGACCUUCGAGCCCUGCCAGCUGGGCAAAGUCAGGGCCACGCUGCAGCUCAGCUCCGCACUGGGCGGGCAGUACUGCAUCCCACUCAUCGGCCUCGCGCUGCCCCCCGAGCCCCAGGGCCCCUUCCUCAUCCCGGCCAGCAGCACCACAUCCAUCUCCUUCAGGAACAUCUUCCCAAAGACCACGGCGUUCCAGUACGCAGUGAAGCACCCGGCCUUCACCGUCAGGGCCCCUGAGACGCUGCGUGCUAAGAGCAGCACCAGCAUCUCUGUCUCCUUUGCAGGCAGCCCGGCUCCUGUCACCAGCAGGAUGGUGGUUUCGUGCCCUGGGGGCUUCUGGGUCUACUACCUCCGGGGCUUGCCCUCCACCCGCAAGUGACCGGCUGACCCUGUCCCUUCCCGCCGUGUUCACACUGUCUGGAAGGAAUAAACUUCUUUGACAUCCUCCC